ACUAUGGAUGAAUGAGUUACUUGGACGGUCUAUAGUGAGAGUUGCUGUCAUUCCUUCACUCCACUGUUGGACCAUUACAGAUUAGAAAGAGUUCUGACUGUUUGGUGGUUUAGAGUUUUUAAAAAUAUAACAUGGACAGUUUGGAAGAGAUGAUGAAUGGUACAAUUCAUCCAGCAUGUUUACAAGAACCUCCACUGGCCAUUGACGUGAUAAAAGAGCUGGAUAUGUUUGGGAUCUGCCUGUACUCCAUACUGACCUUCAUGUCCUGCCUCUCACUGCUGCUGUAUCUGGACAUCUGUGUGUAUAUUUACAGACACGUGCCGUACCCCAAAAAGACCAUUAUCAUCUGGAUCAAUGGAGCAGCACCUUGUAUUGCCAUCAUGUCUUGUUUUGGGAUGUGGAUCCCCCGAGCCGUCAUGUUCACAGACAUGGCAUCAAACUGUUAUUUCGCAGUGGUGGUGUACAAGGUCCUCAAGUUGCUAGUGGAGGAGUUGGGGGGCAGCAGUGGCUUCCUGAAAAGGUUUUCCGGUCAACCCUUUAAAAUCAGCACAGGACCAUGCUGCUGCUGCUGCCCCUGCCUGCCCAGAGUGCCCAUGUCCCGACGCAUGCUGUUCUUGAUGAAGUUGGGUGCUCUACAAUACGCCAUCCUCAAAACAGUCUUCUCUAUCGUCUCCAUUAUUCUGUGGACCAAUGGAAACUUUGACCUCACAAAUCUGGAGUCUACCAGCGCAGCCAUUUGGAUAAAUGUAUUCAUAGGAGUCCUGACCAUCAUCUCCCUUUGGCCUGUGGGCAUCACGUGCAUGAACACUAAAGGGCUGCUGCAGCACAUCAAGCUGGUGCCCAAAUACGCCAUGUACCAGCUGGUUCUGGUUCUGAGUCAGCUGCAGUCGUCCAUUAUUAACAUCUUGGCGAUGGAUGGGACAAUUGCGUGUUCCCCUCCUUUCUCCUCUCAGGCCCGUGGCUCCAUGCUCAGUCAGCAGCUGAUGAUCAUGGAGAUGUUCAUCAUUACACUGGUCAAUCGCUGUUUGUAUCGACGCACAUAUGAUGAAUCUGAGGAGGAGCAGGACAACACCCACAACGGCACUGUGGCACUGAAGGCGCCCUGUGAGGAGCAUGAUGUAUAAGACUCAUGCCUAUUUUGGGACUCUAAAUGUCAAACUUUAAUAUACGCUAAAAGUUUACUGUUUACAUUGAGUAUGUGUCCCAAAAUGUUAUUUUAUAUCAAAAAUCUAAAUCCUAAAAGGUGUUUGUACUGUAAAACAUUUGUUAGACAA